CCGUCAUUCUUAGCGGCGUGAGUCAAAUUACGUGGCAGAGAGAGAUGGAGUUGCUCGGCUUGGUCGUCUUGUCUUUGUUACUGGGCGCUCUGGUGAGCCUGGUCGCUUUUACCGUGGGGAAGCGGAAAGAAGAACUACGAGAAGAAGCCGUGCAGACGAGCAGUCGUGCCGCUGAAGGCGUCACGACAAAGGAACCCGCAGCAAAGAAACUCAAGCAGCAGCGCAGCCGCAAAGACAAAUUGGCACAACAUAACUUCAGCCAUCCCCUGUUGGCCUCUACGCUGAAAGGCCACAUCGGGAAUGUGACCUGCCUGGAUUUCAGCAGCAACGGCAAAUACUUGGCGUCGUGCGCCGACGACCGCACCGUGCGAAUAUGGAGCACCAAAGACUUCCAGGAGCGAGAGCACAAAUGUCAGAGGGCCAACGUGGAGCUGGACCACGCCAUGCUGGUGCGCUUCAGCCCAGACUCCAGGGCCUUCAUUGCCUGGCUGGCUAACAGUGACACAAUGCGCGUCUUCAAAAUGAGCAAAAAGGCAGACGGGACCACAAGCUUCAAGGUGAGCCCCGACGACUUCCCGGCCAAACACAAGGGCAGCAUCCUCAACAUGGCCAUCGCGGAGACCGGCAAGUUCAUCAUGAUUGCCACGGCCGACACCACCAUCUACAUUUGGGACCUGAAAGGUGAAAUACUGGCCUCUAUCAACACCAACCAGAUGAGCAAUUCUUACGCUACCAUCUCCCCGUGCGGCAGGUUCGUGGCGUCCUGCGGCUUCACCCCUGAUGUCAAGGUGUGGGAGGUGUGCUUUGCAAAGACGGGCGAGUUUAAGGGGGUGACGCGAGCCUUUGAGCUCAAAGGCCACUGUGCGGGAGUCCACGCGUUUGCCUUCUCCAAUGACUCUCGCAGAAUGGUGACGGUGUCCAAAGACGGGACAUGGAAGUUGUGGAACACGGAUGUGGAGUACAAGAAGCAGCAAGACCCAUACCUGCUCAGAAGCGUUGCCUGUGCCUCGUCCCCUGGCAGCCUAGCGGCACUGUCGCCCGACGGCCGGGUGGUGGCCAUCAGCCACAGCCGCGACGUGGCCCUGUAUGACGCCUCCAGCGGCCAACUGGAGGAGCAGCUGCUCGACGUGCACAGCCUAGAGAUCACGGACCUCCGCUUCGAUGUCACUGGCCGCUUUUUGGCGUGCAGCGGGGACAAGGCCAUCCGAGUGUUCUACAACACCCCUGGCUACCGAGCGGCCAUCGCCGACAUGCGGGAAAUGCUGAGGACAGCGCAGAAUGAAGCCACAAAGCAGAGGCUAAAGCAGCAGAUCAGCGACGCGCAGUGCGCCCUUGACGCCGCCCUGGCCGCUCCUGUCCAGUGAACACGCCUGAACUGAGUGAUCACCUUUUUGUGGAGUUUUAAUUUUAAAAUAAAAAAGGAAUCUUUUUCAGUCAAGAUAAA